CAGGUGUAGGUCGCAAGACAAAGUACUAGAACAUCAGCAUUCUGAAUAAGGCGAACGGUGCCACUGAAACGUUUUGAAGCGGCUGUAUUGUCCGUCAAACCUCUCUUCCACAUUCUUUCCUGAGGAAUUCAUAAAAUGUCACGUCUUAUUGUGAAGAAUCUGCCAAAGCACUACACUUUAGAAAGGUUUAGGGAGCAUUUUGGCGAAAAAGGGGAAGUCACGGACGCAAAGCUUGUAAAAACCGGCGAUGGAACCUUCCGUCGAUUCGCAUACGUUGGAUACAAAACCGAAAAAGAAGCAAAAGCAGCAUUAAAGUACUUCAACAACACCUACAUAGACACGUCGAAAAUCCAGGUCGAAUUCGCAAAAGCGAUCGGCGAUACGUCUCUAGCACGACCAUGGAGUAGAUAUUCCCAGGGAAGCUCGGCACAUGACCGGAAAACAGACGCGGAGGCGGCGGCGCAGCGAGCGCGCGAAGAGCGUGCGGAGAGGCUGAGGAAACAGAAGGAGGAGACCAACCAUGACAUGGAGCGGAAGCAGAAGCUUCUCAACAACCUGUAUGCGGAUAAGGACGACUCGAAGCUGAAAGAGUUCCUCGAGGUCAUGAGGCCACGGGCGGCCGCCCGAGGCAGGACCUGGGCUAACGAUGAAGUGACUGGAUCGGAGGAAGCUGUUGGGAAGGGGAAGCCUAAGGUCCAAGCGAAAGUGUUGGCGGUUGCGAACAAGAAGACCGGUGGAGACGGAAUGCUUGUGACGAAAACGCACGUCACGUUUGAGGACUCCGAAGAUGAGUUGUACGAUGAGCUGCCUCCCAAGCAAGACGCGGCGAAAUCUUCAUCCACAACGAACGAGAAAGCUGGUGACGACGAGGAGGAGGGGCCAGAGGAACCAGCUGACUCGGUGGCGCAUGACAGCGGCAUGUCCGAUCUGGAGUAUAUGCGCUCAAAAAUGAAGGCUUUGGCGGAGCCGGAUGCUGAGGAGGCAGAAAUGGAAGAGGAAGGGGAGGCGGACGCUGCUAUUGCUGAGGAGGAGGACACAAUGGACGUAGAUGAGCCGGCAGAAAAUGCGUUACCGGCUGCUGAAACCGACAAGCCAGCAGAAACGGUACCAACGAAUGCCACGGAGCAGAUGAAUUCUGAGAGGCAAGCCCUCCUGGAAGCUACAACGCCGAACUCCUUCAAUUCUCACAGUCCGGCGAGAGACAUCCCGCCUGCUGAGAUUAUUGCCGAUACCGGACGUCUCUUCGUGAAAAACUUGGCCUACAGCUGUACGGAAGAGGAUCUUCACAAAGCUUUCGAGAAAUUUGGACCGUUGUCGGAGGUUCACAUACCUAUCGAUAAGAUGACCAAGAAACCCAAGGGAUAUGCGUUCAUUCUUUUCCUGAUUCCCGAACAUGCAGUAAAAGCCUUCACAACGAUGGACUCUCAGAUCUUCCAGGGUCGUAUUCUGGAUAUCCUCCCCGGAAAGGAAAAGCCAAGAGCAGAAGAGGAAACCAGCGAAGGCCCAACAUCCUUCAAAUCGCAAAAGGAAAAGCAACGGAAAGCCACCGCAGGCAACGAGUUCAGCUGGAACAGUCUGUUUAUGAACAGCGAUGCCGUAGCUGAAGCAAUGGCGAAGAAGCUCGGCGUGCGGAAAAGCGAGAUUCUGAACCCGGACGCCGAGAACAUGGCCGUGCGGUUGGCGCUUGCGGAAACACACAUCAUUGCGGAGACGAAGAAGUACUUGGAGGAUGAAGGAAUCGACUUAAAUGCGUUUGAGAAGAAGAAAACGAGGAGCAAGACUGUGAUUCUGGUCAAGAACAUCCCGCAUAGCACUGAGGAGGAGGAGUUGCGGGAACUGUUUGGCAAAUUUGGGGAGAUUGGUCGUUUGGUCCUCCCACCAACAAAAACGGUCGCUCUCGUGGAGUUCCAGCAGCUCAACGAAGCAAAAUCAGCCUUCUCCCGUCUGGCCUAUACCAAGUUCAAGCAUCUGCCAUUGUACCUCGAGUGGGCGCCAGUCGGCACUUUCACAUCCGAGUUUGAUGCAGCAAAGGAGACAGAGAGAAAGACGCAGAAGGCUUCUGCGUCUUCUGCGCCAAGUGUACCUGAAGAACCAGUGUCAGCUCCCGAGGAAGAAGAAGAAGAGAUCUCCAAACCGGGCGCAAAACCAUUAGUAGAUACUACGGCAGAUGCGACAGUGGAAGACCCGGACGGUAUGCCCGUUGCAACACUGUUCGUCAAGAACCUCAACUUUGACACGACGGAGGCUGGGCUGAUGGAUGCGUUCGGUGGACUUCGAGGACUGCGAUCGGCUCGCGUGGCUACGAAACCGGAUAAGAAGACCGGUGGGAAACUGUCGAUGGGUUUUGGGUUCCUUGAGUUUGCGACGAAGGAGGAUGCUGUUAGGUGCAUGAAGUCGAUGCAGAACUUCGAACUUGAUGGCCAUAAGCUUCAGCUGAAGUUCUCGAAUGCCGCAGCGAAGAGCACAACGCAAUCAAAGAAGCGCGGGAAUGAUGACCCCAUCAAGGUCACCGGCACGAAGCUGAUUGUCCGCAACAUUCCGUUCGAAGCCACUAAGAAGGAUCUUCGCCAGCUGUUCUCCACAUUCGGGCAACUCAAAUCCGUCCGCAUCCCCAGCAAAAUGGACGGCCAACACCGCGGUUUCGGAUUCAUCGAUUUCCUCACCAAGCAGGAAGCCAAAUCCGCCUUCGAGUCUCUCGCGGCAACGCACUUGUAUGGACGCCACUUAGUGCUCGAGUGGGCGGAAGAUGAGAAUAGCGUUGAGGCUAUGCGGAGCAAGACUGCUAAGGGUUUCGUUGGGGAUGGUGGCCCGAAUAAGAGGCGUAAAAUUGUGCUGGAUGAGGAAGAGGAUGAUAUGGAGGCGGAUUAGAACACGGUGUUGUCUUGACCACUCCCCAAUUUUGCAAGUAUGUAUGUAGGUUUCAUAAAUUAUCCAUAAAUUAUAGCAUUACAUAGUUUCGACCACGCACGCAAUUACAUUUGGACAUGGCAGG